GGUGCCUUGGCCAAUAUCGGGUUCAUGGUCGCUUUCGUUGUUUGGGCUUGGAGGAUUCUUGUCCUGCCGGUUGUGGUAGUGGUCGCUCUGCGUGUUUACCGGAGCCCGGUUCAGUUUCUCAGCAGCCUGUCGAGGAUAGCCAGGUUUCGGAAGGCCGGGGCAUAUACGCAGGGCGUUCACUUUUUCGUCACCGACACAGGGAUCACGGGGAGUACGAGUGGCCCGGUGACGAGCCAUGACUCUCUUGCGUUGAUACGUGGGUCGACUGGUUACUUGGUGCUGAGACCUAGUAAUAACGGUUACGUCGUCGUUGGUGGGUCUUAUGUCGGUGAUCAUCCCAGGGCAGACGAAGUGUUGGCGAAAGCGUCAUGGGAAAACAUACGGCUUCGUUAGGGAGAGAUGGAAGCUAAUAGACAUCGAAUAGCGGGCAGUGAUAUUCUAGGUCGUUUACCUAAGCGAUGCUCAUACGCUCUCGUUGCCGAGUAGGUGUCAGGAAUCGCGGGGUGUUUGCCUCCGUGACCUGUCUGCCUUUGGUAGAUGAAUAGGCUAAUGACUUCUGCAAACAAAUGCCACGAAUGGAUGUCU